GCCCACCCGCAGGUCCUGAAUGAUAUCACCUCGGGCGGAAACCAGGGCUGCGGCACCCCCGGUUUCACUGCCGUGUCGGGCUGGGAUCCCGUCACGGGCCUGGGCACGCCGAAUUAUCCGAAACUUUUGGCUCUGUAUCUUUCUUUGCCUUAGAGAGUUAGAGUUUUAGACUCUUAGAGCUGCUGUUUUUUUGUGCGAUUGUGUCAUUGUGUCAUUGUGUCAUGGCGUCGUCGCGUCAUGGCGUCGUUGUUGGCGUGGGUGUGGAUGUUGUUACUGCCGCUGCCGCUUUUGUUCGCGGCGGUGGGGUUUGGUAGUGGUGGUAAUGGUGGCGGAGAAGACGAAGAAGGAAGGGGAUGUAGUGGAGGUGGUGUUGAAUUACUAACCUUUAAGUUGUAGAUAUCUAGAAGAUAUAUUACUUCCAUCUUUUUCUACAUCUAGCAUCUAGCAUCCAGCAUCUGCCAUCUGGCAUCUGACAUCUAGCAUAUGAGAGAUAUAAAAUAUUACAGAC